AUGGCGGAUUGUGCAUCAAGUGCUGGAAGCUUGUCAAAAAAACUGCGAUCUAAGGAUGUUUCUACCGCUGAAAUAUACGAUAUCUCGAUAAAGCUCUUAGAGGGCGAAAUAGCAGCGCAUUUUCCAAAGAGAGAGGUUUUUAUCCUUGACCUGCUUGUAGACCGGUGGAAUAAUCAGAGAAAUACUGAUUUCAAAUGUGAUCCGAGCAUGUGGCAACUUUUCAACAAAACAUGGGCUACUAUGAACUCAGAUACUCUGCGCAAAAAAAUCUUCAAGAACUUGAAAUACGUACCGCAUCUGAUUCAAACACUUGAAAUGGUGGAUGCAGAGCUAACAGAGCUAGCAGGCGCACUCGCGACAAAUUUUGAACUUCUCAAUUCCUGCUUGACUGUGGACAUGGCUCAAGAUCAGGCCAUCGCCAUCAUUGCAGGUGUCUUGAAGUUGGUACUAGCGAGCGCGAACAUGGAGAGUGACCUGCAGAAGGCUCUCAUAAGUGAAACCCUCAAACUAACCAUUGUGAACCUUAAUACAUCAACUAUCAACUUCAAGUUAUCCAGCAUGUUCUGUAUGACCUUACUUCCAAACAUCCUCAAGUAUAAUGCUUUGUAUCAGGAUAACUUCACAGCUUACUUUAGCAAGUUACUUGCUCAGUACUUAUUUGCGCCGGAAGUUGAUAGUAUGAAGUUAAUGACGCAAUUUCUGGCAAUUCAUGGUGCUGAGCAAUCUGAUCAAUCCUUACUUAUCCUAUUCCGCGAGUCUAUUAAAACAUAUUCGAAGACGUCCAUCAUUCAGUUAGAGCAGAUUUUUACCCUCAUCACUGGAGUCAAUUCUUCGGUAGCCGCCGUUCUACUCCAAGAGCUGUGCUCUUUGAAGAAAACACUUUCACAACCUUUUCUGGAAACUUUGUUCAACAAAGCAUUUGAUCAAAUUUCUGGUGCAUCACAAGACAAUCAUUGGAUCUUAAUAAGCAAAAUACUAAGACUCGACAUCGAAGUCGGGAUCAUGAAUACGGUAAAAAUAAUGGACAAACUUUCCACAGAAGAUAUGUCAGAGAUUACUCUUGGGGUUUGGGGGGCUUUAAUAGAAUGUUAUGUUAACGCAAGAGAAGUGCAGAAACUUCUUGUGGAAUGGAAGAACUACUCCACAUCAGCCGGAAAUCCUACAUGCUUCGUUGAUGAUUUCAGACUUUCAUCCAAAAUCACAAGAACAGUUCCUGCCAUGUCAGUCACACAACUCAAAGAUUUUUUUAACGACAUUUUUGAGAAUAUUGCACAGAACGAGGACUGUUCAAUCAUAAGUUUCAAGCUACUCAACGUGAUUAUGAGUGGUCUCUAUUCUGUAUCCUACAAUCUUCUACCCAAUAUUGAACCUGUGCUCCUCAAAAUGUUCGAGUUCAAAGGAACUAAAUUUCCCGAGUAUUGGACAUUUACUUAUCAUUUUCUGAAUAUCUAUGAUGAUAUUUUUCCCGAGAAGCGUUUGUGUCAGAUCGAGUCCAUGAUAAUGGCUUCUCUCGAAACAGGAAAUCAAUCUAGUGAUCUGUUUUUGACUAUUUUCAAGGUCAGAGAACUGAAGCAUGUUGAAAUGGAUAGUGUGGUAACUGAAUUUAUGACUUUCUUACGCACGGCUUCUAGCGCCGAACAACGGAGUCUCCUCGAUAAAAUGUUGAGCAGGUGGUGCACCAUUGUUAACCUCUGCUUUCCUCAAGGUUAUCUAUCCGAAUUAAUCGACCUAUUAUUAUUACCUGGAAAUAUUGACAUAAUGGUCACAAUUGCAAAAUCCGACGAAUUCUUUGAGGAAGACAAAAUAAUGCAUACUCUCAUCAACAAGAUGUGCGAACACCUACACGACGAAACGAUACUAGAGCACUUUUCCCACAUUCCGAUUCAAUGUGUUCCCAAGGUUACACGAAUCAAGGCCGUUGACUUGCUAUGCCAAAAACAGGUCUUGUCCCCCGUUGAUAUGGUUGCUCUAACUUAUCUUCUUUCAAAUCCAACAUUCAAGUCAAGUGUUGAAAUGAAUGUGGGAGUUUUGGAAAAGGUGCUGAAUCAGGACUGUUGUCUAUUUGAUCUCGGGAACUCAGUCGUUGAACGAGUACUUGCUAAUCACACGUCUCAACUAAAGGAGGCUACUAGCGAGCGAUUAAUCGGAAAUUUGGUGAGCCAUUUGAAUUCCAACCUGAAUGCCUCCUUCAAUAUUGUCACUGCAAAGAUGGUUUUUUUACUUUUGAAGGCGGUGAACUUCGAGGAACCGCUAGGCAGAGGGCUGGAAACUAGAUUGAUAGAUGUCCUUUCUGAACUUGUGUCCAAGCAGCUAAAUUCGAUGGAAAGAAAUCUUGAGCUAUUGUGGUCACUGAGGGUACUUUACGACAUUCACCAAGGAACAAAAUCGACAGAGUCCAGGGAUAGUAUCGAUCUAUUGACAAAGCAAAUUGCCAAGAAAAUGCCCUCUGAAGCUUUAGGUGAAGAAUACAAAGCAGCUGUUUUUUCUUUGUAUUGUUUUGCUUACCGUCAUGAACCAAAGUUUCUCCUGGCACAUUAUAUGGUUCUAAGACAGCACAUGUCGAAGAAACAGAUCUACGGUGCGACUGAGACAUUAAUUGUAGAAACAGCCUCGGACUUCGUGAAAUUCAAUGAUUUGCUUGCUGCAGCUACUGCAUCAAUCCGCCACGCUGAUGAGAACUAUGCUGACAGUGCUCUUGAGCUCUUGGGUUUGUUGUUUUACAACUUGCAGAAAGAAAAUGCUGAGGGCAGGAAGCUAUUCGCGAGAUCAUUAUCAGAGCUACACACGUAUAUGAACAACAUCGUAAGCCAAGAUCAUGAUGUGUUCUUGGGUCUACUCGACGUUCUCAAAGGGUUGUUGGUAUGGAAGCCCUGGCUUUUCAGUCAACACACUAUCGAAACAUUAUUUCCUUUUUGCUUACGAGCCAAUUCAUUGCUAAUGGAGUUGAAUGGUAGUAAUAAUGACAAUAUUGUUAUUUGCACGUCACAACUUUUGUCGCACAUUUUACUAUAUCACCGUUUCAAGUUUACAAGUCGCCACCAUUUGAUUAUAUCCUACAUGUGUUCCAUGCUUGAAAUGUUCGCAGUAAAUUCUCAUUGCAACCUUUCUUUUGAAUCCGCAGAAGCAUUUAGCAGACUUAUUACUAUCUUUUGCGAGCCAUCGAGCGACACGAAAAAUAAUAAAAGCCAAAAGUCCCUUCAGUCACAGGUGAGUCAAAUUAAGAAAUUUCUCAGGAGGCAUGUAUCGGUGCUGUUGUUGAAAUACAUCAGCCUGGCUAUCAGCUCUUCGUUCAGUAAUCGGGUGAAAGAGAGUUUGAGCCGGGGGGUUUUUUCUGUUUUUGAUGUCAUGUCACAGGCCGAGCUGAGUGGCGUAAAUCUCUCUCUAGAUAACCCAGGGAGAGUUUACUUCAAGGCUUUGUAUGCCGAGUAUAAGAGAACAGGUAAAUGGCACGAAGAUUGA